CCGUUUCCUGACUGAGCCAGCUCAGGUGUGAGCGUAUAUAUAGCUGGUUCCAGGCAGGGGACAAAGCACACUCAGCUGAUCCUCCCAACGACAACAUGAAGCUCGUACUCCUCGCUUGUCUGGUCGCCCUGGCCACCGCUGCCCCUCGCCCUGACAAAGACGCUGUGAUCCUAGCAGACCAGCGCCAAAUAGGACCAGAUGGAAGCUUCAACUUCAAUUAUGAGACCAGCAAUGGAAUCGCGGAGGAUAGGGCGGGCAAUCCGGGGGUAGAGGGCCAGAUCAACAUGCAGGGAACCUACUCCUUCACUCAUCCUGACGGCACCGUCACUGUGGUUAACUUCAUAGCCGACGAGAACGGCUACCGUGUUGUUGACUCCCCAAGACCUACCAAUCAGCCUUCAAGACCUCGCCCAGAGCAACUCGCCGCAUUUGCCGGCCCUAUCAUCUUUCGUUAACAUUAAAAUGGUGACCUCCUCCUAAGCCGUCCGUUGUCGUCCAGCCUAACACUUUACUCACUUACUGUCAUUCAUCAUCUGUUGAGGAUUCUUCCUACCUCGUGAACACUGUCCUUUACUCUGAACAUUGAAGUGUUAUAGUUG